CCCAACCGAAGCGAAGCCAAGCCCUGCCGCACACAAACCAUCCACACUCGAAGGUCGAUAACUUCAUCCGUCCAUCCAACAAGCUCGCCGUCGCGAUCAACCCUUCAAGAUGCCGAGCCACAAGACCUUCCGCACCAAGCAAAAGCUUGCCAAAGCUCAGCGUCAGAACCGCCCCAUCCCCCAGUGGAUCCGUCUGCGCACCGGCAACACCAUCAGAUACAACGCCAAGCGCCGACACUGGCGUAAGUCGACCCUGAAGGUCUAAGCGGACCCUCAGUAUUCGCACCCUCCGUCCGGCCAUUCUCAAAAGCCCCAGUUCAGCUCGCGAUGUCAUAUGGCAACCGAAGUGUGUCUGUGCGGGGUGGUUCAAGGGUUUUUGAUUAUUUCGAAACCCUCUUCAUGAUGUGACGCCCACAACCGAAUUUCGAACAACAUGCCUUCACCAUGAACUUGAGAGCGCUAGUGGAUUGUGGAACUACUCUUGAGUGCAAUUGCAAACAAAAAAUUCAAUUAUCAAAUCUUGAUCCGGGUCUUGUUUUGGGUCGUGUCUAUCU